AUGGUGGAGAAGCGGUGCCCGCGGCUGCAGCGGGACGGCGUGUACCGCUGGUUCUCCGAGCUGCCCUCCCCGCAGCGCGUGGAGUUCCUGUGCGGCCUCCUGGACCUGUGCAUCCCGCUGGAGCUGCGCUUCCUCGGCGCCUGCCUGGAGGACCUGGCCCGCAAGGAUUAUCACUCCCUGCGCGAUUCCGAGAUCAAGGCCAACAACCCCGCCGACCUGGGCAGCCUCACCAACCUGACGGACGAGGUGGUGCGCAGCAAACUCCUGGUGUCCCUCGCCCUGCUCGGCUCUGCCCACCGAGAGGCCGCCGGGGUCCUGUUCCGCACCCUCACCCACAUCGACUCGGUCAUCAACAACUACGGGCUGCAGCUCAACGAGGGCCGCACGGGGGAUGAGUUCCUGUUGCUCUUCACCAUGGCAUCCAACCACCCGGCGUUCAGCUUCCACCAGAAGCAGGUGCUGAGGCAGGAGCUCACCCAGAUCCAGAGUCUCAUGGCCAGCACCAGCAAAAAUCCCAGCACCUCUACCCUCAACACCAUGGCAACCUAUCCUGGCUGCCAUAAGGUCACUCCAAGGUCAGAGACCCCCAUCAAUAGUGUCAGUAACAGUUUGGAAAAUGUGCUCCACACAUCCACACAUUCCAUGGAGGAGUCAUUACCCAAGAGGCCUUCAGGGAAACACUCCAAAGUGAGUGUUGAAAAAGUGGAAUUAAAGGGGCUGGCACACAAGAAGAAUGAAAGAAAUGUUGAGUAUUCCUUUGAGGUCCUGUGGUCUGAUUCUUCGGUGACGUUGGUAACCAAAUCUUCUGCUGAAGUGACUGAAUUUAUUUCAAAGCUGUCUCAGCUGUAUCCAGAAGAAAACUUGGAGAAAUUCAUUCCCUGCUUAGCUGGUCCAGAUUCAUUUUACCUGGAACGGAACCACAUGGACCUGGAAUCAGACCUGAGGUACCUGGCCCCGUUCCCUUCCCAUGUGGUAAAAAACGACCACGUCAGGAAGUUCUUCAGCACUUCAUCUCCCUCACAGCAACUUCAGAGCUCAAAUCCUGGCAACCCCUCCUUGUAUAAAGUAGGAGCUACGCUGGGAACAUCUGGAAGACCUAUAUGUGGGGUGGCUGGAAUUCAGUCUUCCCAGAACCACGUCCAGCACUCAGCUGCUGCUCCCGUGUCUCUGCCCCACUGCUCCCACUCCGGAGGCGCUGGCUCCUCGCUGGGCUAUCGCUCCCAGAUGGAAACCUCCUCCCCAGCCAUGCUGAUGUCUUCCAGCCCUCAGACCCCUCAAACACAGGAGCAAAACGGGAUCCUGGACUGGCUCAGGAAGCUGCGUUUGCACAAGUAUUACCCUGUCUUCAAACAGCUCACCAUGGAGAAGUUUCUGAGUCUUACUGAGGAAGAUCUGAAUAAGUUUGAGUCCCUCACCAUGGGAGCAAAGAAGAAGCUCAAGACCCAACUGGAGCUGGAGAAGGAGAAAUCAGAGAAACGGUGCCUAAACCCCUCCACACCUUCCUCAGUGACCAGCACUGGGGUGGCCAGGGUUCCCCCCACUUCCCACGUGGGGCCUAUCCAGAGCCUCCGGGGCAACCACGCCGCAGAGCUGCGAGUGGACGUGGAUCAGCCAGCCCACCCCCUGCCCCGGGAGGGCAGCUCCUCCGAGUACUCCAGCUCCAGCUCCAGCCCCAUGGGGAUCCAGACGCGCGAGGAGAGCUCGGACAGCGCCGAGGAGAACGAGAGACGCCUGGAGCUCCACCUGGACGCUUCGGACAAGGAGAAGCCGGUGAUGCUGCUGAACCAUUUCCCCUCGAGCUCCGCCAGGCCCACGGCCCAGGUGCUGCCCGUGCAGAACGAGGCUGGCUCGGGCCCCGCCGGCCACCACGCGCUGCCCAUGCAGAUGCUGUCCCCGACCCCCUCACACAUCACCCCCAUCCGCGUGCUGGGCUCCGUGCACAAACCGGAGCGCGGCUCCGCAGACAUGAAGCUGCUCUCGUCCUCUGUGCACUCCCUCUUGUCUUUGGAAGAAAGGAAUAAAGUGUCUCCCGGCUCGAGGGGCAGCAUCAAGAUGGAAAAGGGCUUUGGCAACGCCGUGGUGGACGUCAUGUCGGUGUCCUCUCCGCACCAGCCCUUGCAGGUGCUGUCGGGGAGUGCCGAGAGCAGCUCCCCCACGUCCACCAUGAACUUUGGGCCUCGGACCAAAGUCGUCCACGCUUCCACUCUGGACAGAGUGAUCAAACCGGCCCAGCAGCCAGGACUCAUAGUGGAGACGAGCACUGCUGCCACGGUGACGUCCAGCACAGUCUUCCACGUGGCUCGUCCGCCCAUCAAGCUCCUGGUGUCGUCGUCUCUUCCCACCGACUCCGCCAUGGCCGGACAGACUUCCUGCUCCAGUAAUAUGCAAAUAACGGUGUCCCCCGCAAUAAUCAACCCCCGGACUGCUCUGUACACAGCCAACACCAAAGUUGCCUUUUCUGCCAUGAGCAGCGUGCCCGUGGCGCCCAUGCAGGGCAGCUUCUGCGCCAACAGCAACGCGGCCUCCUCCAGCAGCCACCCGUCCCCAUCCUUCACCACCAUGGCCAACCUGCCCAGCUGCCCCGCGCCCAGCUCCAGCCCCACGCUCUCCUCCGGCGCCGACAACAACUUCUACAGCAACAGCGGCGGCGGCGGAGGCGGCUCGGCCGGGAGCGUCCCCGUCCCCAACCAGAACCACCACCACCACCACCACCAGCAGCCACCGCCGCAGCCCCCGGGCUGCAUGGUGUGCAGCUCCUGCGGCUGCAGCGGCAACUGCGGCUCCAGCGGUAUGACCGUCAGCUACGCCAAUUAUUUCCAGCACCCCUUUUCAGGACCUUCCAUGUUUACUUUCCCUUUCCUGCCCUUCAACCCCCUGUGCAGCAACGGCUACAUCAACACGCAGCAGUACAACAGCAGCACCACGUUCCCCGUGGUGCACACGGCCUACAACAGCGGCCUGGCCCCCGACUCCGUCAUGGCAGGACAGUCCACCUUCGCCGUGCCCCCCAUGCAGAACUUCAUGGCGGGCACGGCCGGGGUGUACCAGGCGCAGGGAAUGAUGGGCAACGGCAACGGGUCGAGUCACAAAAAAAACGGGAACCUCUCCUGCUACAACUGCGGGGCCAGCGGGCACAGAGCUCAGGACUGCAAACAGCCACCCAUGGAUUUCAAUCGGCAAGGUACGUUCAGGCUGAAGUACGCCCCUCCCUCCGAAAGUCUGGACUCCACAGACUGAGGUUUCCCCACCUGGCACCACGAUGCUGUAAAGCCAUGGAGAGCGACGGAGAUCGAACCACAAAACUGAGACGUCCAGUUGCUGUUAAGCUUAAUGUAUUUUUUAAUCCAAAGGUGCUUUACUUUAUUAAACUAGGUAGGAAAUCUAGCUUAGGGGGUGCAGCCAACCCAGUUUUGAUUGCCAAAUUCAAGCUUUGUUGUUGGAACUCCUGACUCCGUGUCCUCGGACCGAUGGAUGGUGGAGCUGGCCAGCUGCAGUUCCUGCUGGAAGUACAACAUACCUUGUGCUUUUUUGGCUGGAGAACGUUGCCACAAUUGGACUUUUCCAAGGUGAAAGGCCUGACUCCAGGGCAGCUCUGUUCUGAGGUGGAAGGUAGGAGUGGCCGGAAGGACUUUGGCACCCCUGGGCUAGGUAAAAUGUCUACUUUUUUUCAAAAGUGAUCAGGCACUAAUCUCUGGGAUUUUUAAGGAUUGCACUACAGAAGAAUGUAAAACUCUUCAAGCUUUCUGCACUUUUAGCAGACAGUGUCACUCUGAGACCAGUGCAAGAGGCAAAGAAGUUCCAACCUUUACAAAUUGGCACCAGCAGGCUUACGGGACUUAAUUCCACAAUAAAAAUCCUAAAAAGUCUCUCUUUUCCCUUCCAAAAGAACACACACGGCAGUUUCGGUUCCUUCUGGAAACAAACUCAUGCUUCAUUGUCUCACCUAUUACUAGCUAGUGCUGGCUUCCCAGCACUGGAAUAAACUUAGUUUCCAAGGGUCCAAGUCCCAGAGACUCCAGAGUCAUAAAGGCUUCAAGGAUAUUUUCCUGUUAUACACAAAACCUUUACGUCCUGUUACUGUAUAUAGGUCUCUUUCACAGAAACCUUAUUAUUCUGCUUUUGUAAAUGAAUUUUAAACCAUCCUUAAAAAAAAAAAUUCAAACUAAGAACUCUGGCAGCAGAGUUGAUAAGCUUUUGCUUUACUUUAUAUAAAAUACCCUUUGGCUCCUUACCCCAGGAUUCAGGAGUGGUGGGA